GUAUGCUAUACGAGUAAGGCCAGCACGCAUAGAGCAGAGAUUGAGUUUUGGCUUUAGUAGAACAGGUUGGGUGCUUGACGCUGCACUGGACGCACCAUGUGGGGGGGCUGAUCCGGGAUCUACGUGAGGUCCUGGAGAGGACAUCGUGUCACUGCGCACAUCGCAACAAACAUCGGAGCGCAACUUCUUCAGAGUUGACGUCAGGUGCGCCACGGGACACGCCCUUACCCACGCCACGCUACGGGGCGCACCGCACGAGACGCUGAGUUGGAGAUCUGCCCGGUAAUAUGCUCGUCGCCGCACCGUCCGCGCGGUCACUCACUGCAGCAGUAGGUUACCGCUCCCGCCUCCCGGUCCCGCCUCCCGGUCCCGCCGCAGACUUUACCGGGUGGUGAAGCCAGCGGAGUUUGACGGAGAGGGCGGCCGCAGAGACGCUGCCAUGGCCGAGGCCAACCCGCUGCGGGGGUUCCCGCGUCUCCGCCGCGCCGCGACUUCUUUCCCAGGUAACCUUCACCUGAUCCUUGUGCUCCGCCCCUCUGACCUGAUAAGCCCCGCCCCCAGCCCCUCCUCCAGCACUGACCUGGGCUUCCGCUUCAGUCAGGAUGACUUCCUGUUGAAGAUGCCGGUGGUGAUGCUGCGCUCGGUCGGAGAUCUGCUGCGCUACAUCGACGAGCACCACCUCACCACAGAGUUCACCGCAAAGGUGGAGUACUGCCAGGGCGACUGGGUGGUCCUCCGCAGGGCCAUCGAGAGCUUUGCGGUGACGGUGAAGGAGAUAGCCCAGCUGCUGCAAGGCUUCGGGUCAGAGCUGGCCGAGACGGAACUCCCUGACGAGGCUGGGACCAUCGAGUUCCUGCUGACCUCGCACACGCUCAGAUACCGCCAGCUCAAGGAUGACAUCAGAAGCGUGCUGAAGGAAGGGCGCCUCCUGCAGGCCAACUUGGAUUCUGCCACGGCCUCGGAGAAAGAAGGGGUGGAGGAGAAGGACAUCCAGGCAGAUUCUGACACCGUGCACAGACUGCUGGCCCAGCUGCGCGACAUGGAGGAGGCGUUUGACGGCUUCUUUGAGAAGCAUCACAUGAAGCUGCAGCAGUACCACCAGCUGCUCUCCUACGAGACCAGCUUCCAGCAGAUGGAGGAGGCUCUAGAGAACGUGUCCGCCCAGGAGAAGGGGAUAUCGUCUUCAGGGAGCACCGUGGUUCAGACCCAACAGCUGCUCAAAGACCUGGAGGCUCUGGACAUGCAUGCACAGGAGGAGAUGAACCGGGCCCAGGUGAUGAUCCUGCAGGGCCACCAGCUGGCGGCCAGCCACCACUACGCCCAGGCGCUCAUCGUCCAGCGCUGCAACGAGCUGCGCCACCUCUGUGACCUCGUCAGCGCCGCGCUGCGCAGCAAGCGCGCCCUGCUGACGCGCGCACGGGACCUCCUACUGAGGCUGGAGGAGGCCCUGCGCUGGUGUGAUGAGGGGGCAUACCUGCUUGCCAGCCAGAUGGUGGACAAGUUCCAGACCAGGGAAGGCGCCCAAGAGGCCCUGCAGUACCUGACCAUCCACCAGGAGAGGGCGCCAUCGGCCCUGAAGAACAGCCAGGACACGCUCAGCCUGGAGCUGGAAGCCAUACUCACCCCUCAAUUGCAGGCCCAGAUCGCCAUGGUGACGGGGAAGCUGAGCUCGGUGCAGUGCAUGAUCCGCAACCGAGAGCACUGCCUGAGGAGGCUGGCGGAGCUGCAGGUCCGGCCCAUCCAGCCCGUGGCCCCCCGCCCCGAGCAGGACCAGCUCUCCCAGCGCUGCAAGUCCCCCCUCUUCUCCCCCAAACAUGGUGUGGACCUCAAUGUGUUGAACUCCAAGUUCUCUUUUGAUCUUCUACCGGGCAAGAGGACCCCACGGAGGAACAGCAUUCAGCGCAAGAUUGAGGUGAUGCAUGAUUACCAAGGCAACCGCAGCUGUCUGUACGGGACGCUCCCCGACACAGACUCGGAGACGGAGGACAAUCCGGAGCAGGUCGCACGACACAUCAUGAAGGAGCUGAUAGCGACAGAGAGGGUCUAUGUCGAGGAGCUGCUCUCUGUGCUACUGGGCUACAGGGCUGAGAUGGAGGACCCAGCCAUGCUCCCUCUGCUGCCGGCCGCGCUGCGCAACCACAAGGACCUUCUGUUCGGCAACAUGCCCCAGAUCUACCAGUUCCACAGCAGGGUCUUCCUUCAGGAUCUGCAGGGUUGCCUGGAAACCCCUGAGAGGGUGGGGUCCUGCUUCCUCCAGCAGAAAGAGAAAUUUCAGGUGUAUGAGCGGUACUGCCAGAACAAGCCCCACUCCGAGUUGCUAUGGAGACAAUCCUCUGAUUGUCCAUUCUUCCAGGAGUGCCAGAAGAAGCUGGAUCACAAGCUUGGCCUGGACUCCUAUCUGCUGAAACCCAUCCAACGUCUCACAAAGUACCAGCUGCUGCUCAAGGAGAUGCUAAAGCACUGCCCAGAGCCGCAGUACCGCUGGGAGCUCCAGGAGGCGCUGGAUGCCAUGCUGAAGCUGCUCAAGGCCGUCAACGACUCCAUGCAUCAGAUCGCCAUCACGGGUUACCAGGGCGACCUGAGCCAGCUGGGCCGGGUGGUCCUCCAGGGGGGCUUCAGUGUGUGGAUCAGCCACAAGCGGGCGGCGGUGCGCAUGAAGGAGCUGCCGCGCUUCAAGCCCAUGCAGCGGCACCUGUUCCUGUAUGAGCACGCGCUGCUCUUCUGCAAGCGGCGCGACGACGACGGGCCCGACCGCACCCCCUUCUACAGCUUCAAGCACUUACUGAGGAUGAGCGCAGUGGGGAUCACUGAGAACGUGAAGGGGGACGUGAAGAAGUUUGAGAUGUGGUACAGCGGUCGAGAGGAGGUGUACAUCCUUCAGGCUUCAACCCUGGAGGUGAAAGUCUCUUGGCUGACGGCGAUCCGGAAGAUUCUGACCAAUCAGCAGAAAUUACACCAAGAUCAAGCGCCUCCCCUGAGCCUUUCAGAAGUUCCUCUCUCAGACAGGAGUGUGUCUGGGGUGUGCGUGUCGUGGGGUGGAGCAACGGUGGGGGGCUGCUCAGCGUGUUUCCAUGUUCCUCACAGCUCCACGGCAACAAGCCACACCCAGCGGAGCCGGGGGGAGGAGUCAACGCAUAGCAGCCCCGCCCACUCCGAACCCGUGGUGCAAUCUCCUCGCCGCAGCUGGCCCCCCCCGGCCCACUCUGUGGCCAUCUGUGAGGGUCUGGAGGACUGGGGCGCUACGGACCUCUCUAACAUCUCAGACUCAGACGAGGAACAGCCAGCCGCCCUGGUCGCUGGGAGGUACAGGGUCAUGGUCAACAGCAGCUCGGCCAGCACUGAUGACAUCAUCUUUAACUGCGGUGAUGUCAUCCAGCUAUUGCAUAAGGAGCCAUCUGGAAUAUGGACGGUGCGUAACGUCACUCGCAGCCAAGAGGGGCGUGUCCAUCCAGAAGACCUGCACCGAAUCCUUGGGGAGUCCGCCUGAGAGCCAAUCAGCACCAAGCAUAAGGGACCCCCAAUAUGGGAUGUAUGUUUGGGUUAUUUUUCCCUCUACUGUUAGACAACUCAUCUCCUCUACAGACUGCCAAGGGACUCAAACACACACACACACACACACACACACACACACACACACACACACACACACACACACACACACACACACACACACACACACACACACACACACACACACACACACACACUUAUUAGCAUUGCACUUAAGUUGUGGCUUGACCAACACUGUACACAGUACACUCAGGCCAGGGGGUCGAAGCACAACGAGGAUCUUGUGGAUGACAUGAGGAGUUUGGACCGCUGUAGGCCUGCGUGUUCAACCGUGGAACCUACGAGAUCCACGACCGACUGGAGGGGGGGGGGGGGGGGGGGGAGGGUGGGGAGGUCGCUGUCCUAUCAAUUGCUCCUCAGUGGUAGCGGAACAUUUAAGGAACUUUUAUGAAUGGAACUCUUAUUUUUAAGGCAUGGAGGUGGGUGUGAAUAUAGGUAUUUUGUUCCUAGAUGCCACUGAAGGUGAUUGCAUUCUCUAUUUUCUUACGACCUACAACCAUGAUUGUCACGGACGCCACAUGCAGUAUUCAAUCCACCAAGACUUCCCUCCUUCAAUUCACGUGCCAAAACAUCCUUGCCGUCGCUGCUUAGCUGGCCAUUUGUGGCGUUGUUGUUUUCCAUUUUGGCACAUUUGUCGCUAAUAUCUGCUAAUAUCAGUAGCCUGUUCAUUUAGCCCACAUGCAUUAAGGGAAUAUCGCCAUGGACCAGCAGAUGUACACAAAGACAAAAUGUUUCUAUGUUUCCCCUGGGUGGAAGCUCAACGCCCAAACUGAGUAGUUAAUAACCAGAGUAGGCCUACUGCUGUCCAGCUUCCAGACAGCACUGCCUGCACUGGCUAUCACUGUAGUUUGAUGCA